AUCAUGACGUAUUUACCUAGUACCUAGCUAGCUGAAGUGUGUGAGACUUCAGUACAGUUUAAUGAGUCAUUGGUACACAGCGUAGAUACGGUGCAGGACCUUGUAGCACUCGGUGAAGAUAUAUAAAACACAAGCCUAUAUACACAAGCAGGCUAUCCAUCGCGUUAGGUAAUGGGUCACUCCCAAUCCACCCGGCGGUCCCAGGGAAAGACCACGCCUCCAGACAGCCCUCAGGAGCAACAUCAUCAUAGUGACAAGGCAACUCACUCCGAAAUGGACCACUCCCCCGUCCCCACAGUUGACCACACCCCCACCGACCACUCACCCUCUCAACCAGACACACCUACCAAGGAAGAAUCGUUAGCACAGGAUGCGGAUUUUGAGCUCUUGAACAGUUUUGUGAAUGAGGGACCACGUAGCCAAACUUGUCCACCUAUCAAUAAGCUGUUGACUUCCUCUGCUCGUGUUCUCUCAAAGUUCCCCACAAACGAGUCCGCUGUUGUUAUGGUAACCGGUACCGUUCUCCCGAUGUGCGAGGAACUGCUACCCACCGAUCCCACAUCUCAUGUGAUGGAGGUACAAAUGAACGCUCUGGAAGCAUUUUCUCAGCUGGGGGUCUCGUUUACCCCCUCCCUUGUUGAACCGGCCAUGAAGUUGCUUAUUCUGCUCUGGACUAAGUAUCCGACCACCCUGUCGGCUUCAUGCAAUAUCAAACAACUUGCUGAGAUCCUCAACGCUGCAUUGCUAUCGGAACAAAAGGAAGACGCUAUUGAGUACGGGAAUGUGUUUGUGGUACAUUUGGUGAGGUCGCUGAGUGAUAGUCAAUUGGACGCACUGGAAAAAGAGGGCGUGUACAAGAGUCUUCGCUCGUUGCUGCAUCACUAUGACGACACAGAUCCAGUCACACUACGACAUAUCGUAGCAGGAAUAGGAAUAUUUGCAAGCAUCAAGCCAGCUGCAAUGGAGUACCUCGAAGAGAACCUGUACUCUGACCUCAUACUAGCCACUCAGAAAUAUGCCACCGACACGUCCUUCCAAGAAAUGAUCUGGCAACUACUCAUGCUGUUGUGUAUUCGAGACAAAACCUUCGCUCUGGCCAUUGCUGAAAUGGAAAUCGUCCCUGCUGCUCUUUCUGUCCUCAAGACGAAAGGGUCCCCCAUUAUGCCAGUGUUGAAAUUCAUCACUAACUGUUGUCAGGUCGACAGCGUCUAUUAUACACAUUGCCUGGGUGAUUGUGGUCUAGUGGAACAUAUUCUAGGCGUUCUCAAGUCUGAUACUUCGAGUCUAGAAGACAUGAACAAUUGUGCUGAUUUCAUUGCCCUUCUCUGUGGCAAAGCACCCAAAGAAGUUCUGCCUCGUCUUAUUGAGCUCAAGCUAGUUCGAGAAUUGGAAGAAGUUUGUCGAGUUCAACCGAAUGUCGGUGUAGUUCCUACAUACCUGGCCAUUGAAGGAUUGGUAGCACUGCUCAGUCAAAAAAAUGCCCCAAAGGUACCCAACUUCAAUUCACUGAUUGAUGAUUUCUAUGCCAUGGACCACCACCUCUUCUUGCAACACACUCUGUCUAAUCCAGUCGUCUACUCCAACAAGUCUCUUCUGGAGGUCAUCUAUCUCUCGCUACAAAAGCUGCUCAAGCUUAUCACAACAGAAGCUAUGAGAAAAAUGUGCAACAAGGAAUUUCUCGAGGUCCUCAGCAUUUCGUUUGUACGUGAUACGAUUGCAUUUCAUGCUCUUGCAAAUCGAGUCGUGUUUGCCUCCCAUUUCUUUGUGUUCCAAAUCCGUGAGAAGGAAUCCGUUGAAUUACUUUGUGAAACUUGCUUUCACGUUCCAAUCGUUGAACUUGUAAACAGUUGCAGCUACGAUAUCAUUUGCACCGUCCUCGGUCUUCUCUCCUGCCUCAUCACCAAGUAUUUCGAGUUUCUGAAAGACGUCAAGCCAUUUAUAGACUCUGGUGUCCAUACUAUUAUUCUACAGAAGGCCGUCCAAUAUGGCAAGCAACCCCGCUCACAGUUUGGAGACGAAAUGAGCCGAAUUCUACUCAACUUAACUUCUGAGAAAGAACUGUCAUUGAAACUCUACAAAGAAGGCUUUUUGGAACAGUUGAUCACAAACCUUGAUGAUUCAUACAGCCCCGUUGUGAAGAGAUGUAUCAUCCAUGCUGUUGGAAAUAUCGCACUGGCCGGACAAAACGUGAAAGAGGAGUUGUUUCAACAGAACUUCCACUUGAGGGUACUAGACAUGCUCAAUAAAGAAGCUGAGAAAGGUGAUGCUAGUCAACUAUCUGCCUGUUGCCGAGUUCUGCACAUCUUAGCCUCUGGUGAUGCCGCUAAGCGACAGUUUGUUGAAAACGACUGUGUCCCAUUGUUGCUCAAGAUCCUUGACACAAGAAAAGACAGUCCGGAGAUUCGCUGGCGACCCCUUGGACUACUGAGUACCCUCGGCUUUAUGGCUCUGCUCAAUCGUCAUUGUAUUCUCACUCGAGACGUUAUGGAUGUGGUUGUGAAGAUCCUCAAAGAAGACAAACACGGGAAGGUCCUUGGGUACACAAUGCUAGUGUUUCUAGCCUAUCUACAGCUUGAUAGUGGAGCUACUGCAAUGAGACAGAUGGCUAUCGAAGAUCGUAUUCGAGAGGUGUAUCAAAACGUUGACUUCCAGAAACAGUCACCAGAAAUUGAGAGAUGGGGGAAGCAUGUUAUUGAGAAUCAAGACCUGUACACUGUUGCUACGCCCAUGCACACCACACCCUCUUGCUCGCUUGAAGACUGCCGAGUCGGCGAUUGGCCGUUCCAGUAUGACUGUCCCGGACUGCGUCUACUACCACUGGAGGACAAGUACUUUGAACCCAAGGCACCUAGUGCUAUACAACUCACGACAGCGGCCAAAGAUCAACUUCUACAAUUGGGACUCGAUCCGGACGUUUCCAUUUUCCGAAUUGGGCGUGUGUAUGGAAGUACCUACGGCUGGUGUAGUAACUGUGAGAAAGAAGGAGCCUCUUACGAGCUUGUAAUUCGAGUGGGGAGUAUGACGCCCAUGCAGUAUCAGCAUCUUAUCGACAAUGGAUGGUAUCGCAGAGGAGGUGUCAAGAUGUUUCGAAUGAUGCACAAUCAUUCCGCUGUGUGUUGCGACUGGGAGACGAGAGUCAGUGUGAAGCAGUUUGAUUUCCAUUCUCACAAAAGUUACAAGAAGAUUCUACGGAGGAUGCCAGCAGAUCGCCUCACAAUCGAGACAUUGCCCAGGCACUUCUCAAGGGAGGCAUUCGAUUUGUACAAUAGCUACCAUAUUCUACGACACGAAAAGCCUCAGAAAUCGGAGUUUUCUUACAGUGAACACGUGGUGGACUCUCCGUUGGCCAAUCAGACGAUAGAUGGUGUGGAGUACGGCACUUUCCAUCAGAUGUAUCGAUUGGAUGGAAAACUUGUGGCUGUAGGCAUUGUCGAUGUAGUGCCCAAGGGCAUGGUGAGUAUCUACAUGUGGUAUGAUGUAUCUAAGGAGGUCUCCAAGCUCUCAUUUGGUGUGUACUCCGCUCUGAAAGAAAUCGAAAUGGUGCAAGACAGAACCAAGCAGGACUCAACUGUGGAGUACUACUACCUUCAAGGAUGGAACUCUAACAACCACAAGCUCUCCUACAAGGCAAACUACGAGCCUGGAGAGUUCUACUGUCCUGGCAUCUCCGCUGACUGGGUGGCCUCUAAAGAUGCUGUGAAUGCGGAGAUGGAGCGCUUGAAGAGAGAGAAAUCACAACUGGUGGAGAUGGACACUACUAUUGGUAAUGAUGUGAGUGACUCCAACAAAACUGAGCAGACAGACUCCACCCCCGACGUGCCCAGUGACUCAAAGGAGGCAGACAAAGACAAGGAGAAGAUCUUAAUCUCAUGCGAUGCAGUUGAGGUUGAUCAACUGAAACAUCAGAAAAGAACAGGCUCUAUGUCCGUGGACAUCUCCAAGAUUGUGGUCUGCCUCAACUACAGUCAGUACAUGCGCCUUGGCGACCUGUUUGACAGGUGUGUAAUUGGAGCUCAACAAAGAGAAAUGAUGGAGAAGCGAUACAAAGAGUUGCUUCUUGGACUUUGUCCUGAACUGACUGGGCAGUUAGUGAUUGAUCUGAAAGCGUGUGAUAGAAACGGUGCUGUACAGAUAUCGGACAAUCUCGGUGUGUCUGUGGACCCUCCUACUACACUAAACAAUUUGGACACAGACGUUCUUGUUAGCUAGGUUGUAGCGUUUUAUAUUCAUUUCGUUGCAUGCAUUUUAGCUCUUUGAUCCUGGUUGUUUAUGAGAGCACAGUACGUUAUUAUCUUCAUUAUUUUGCAAUUUUAUACUG